AAUGUCUCUGUAACGAAAAAGGAAAGCUAAUUAUUAUUUGUUUUGUAGCCGUAGCUAGAAAUUUAUGUUACUUGAUUUGAGUUUAUAGGAAGAAGAAUCAUAGAGAGCAUUAAGUCUAUCAAUCAACAGAGAUGAGCAUUUUGUUUCAAAUAUUCGUAAAUAUUAAGAUUUGAACUCUAAGCUUACAAAUCAGCACUUACGAGCUAGGUAGCGUAAUCUUUAUUUAGAAAUAAGAUUAAGAAACAGAGAUAAGCAGGAUUAGUUAAACGGUAAAAUAAUAGUCUAAACUAUAAUUAACUGGGAAUUUCAUAAUUAAAUAAAUAAAUUUUUUGUUACUGCGAGACGACAGCGACGCGACAGGGCGCGCGUCUAUAAAUUGCCUGACCGAAGAUCUCGCUGCCUAGAAAGUGGCAAUCGAGUAACUUUUUCCUAUUUUGUUCUUUCCCUUUCCAUCAUUAAAUUUUCCCAAAAUCCGUUUCCCUCUUUCUUCCUGAGAAAACAUUUUCCCGAUUGGUUUUCCAACCCUCCAAACAGCCUCUUAAGCAAUCAAUCCUCCUUUUGAAUCCCUUUUUCCCCCUCCCCGCCAUUGCCUGCAUCUCGGGAAUCCUUUCAAUUUGCAGAACAGUACACGCCUUAACGGUUUCCACACCGUCAUCGAUCGUCAUCUGGUCUCGAUUCUCAUCCCGAGCUGAACAUAUGAUCCACAAUCGAACCGCCGGGAGUUUGUGAUUGAUUUGAACAGACGAUGACCGGCGGCGAGAGGAGGAAGGAGGCGGUGGUGACGGCGUCGGCUGCGGAAGAGGAGGAGGAGGAAGAGUUCGAAGUGCAGGAUGUGAGGGAGAGAUUAGGUUCUUCGAUGGGGAGCAGAUUCAAUCUGAUUGAUCGGCAGUUCGGUUUGAGCAGGAGGAAUGCCGGCGGGGCCGGAGGAGGGGGAGGGAGCGGCGGAGGAUCCAGCACGAGCAAGUUCAGCCGUCAAUCUCUCAUCAAUGGAUUCCAUUACGUCUCCAAAGGUCUCAUCAUCCAUCCCGAUAACAGGUGGUAUCGUGCAUGGUCGAAGUUCAUUCUGCUGUGGGCAGUAUACUCUUCAUUCUUCACGCCCAUGGAGUUCGGUUUCUUCAGGGGAUUACCUGAGAACCUCUUCAUUUUGGACAUAGUAGGGCAGAUUGCUUUCCUUUUCGACAUUGUUCUGCAGUUCUUUAUUUCCUACAGAGACCCACAAACUUAUCGCAUGGUCUAUAAACGUUCACCAAUUGCUCUCCGGUAUUUAAAGUCUCAUUUUAUCGUUGAUUUGCUUGGUUGCAUGCCUUGGGACAUCAUCUACCAGGUUUCUGGGCGUAGGGAAGAAGUGAGGUAUCUUUUGUGGAUAAGAUUAUGGCGGGUGCGGAGAGUUAUAGAAUUUUUCUACAAGAUGGAGAAGGACAUAAGGAUUAAUUAUCUCUUCACUCGAAUCAUAAAGCUCAUUGUAGUCGAGCUCUACUGUACACACACAGCAGCCUGCAUAUUUUACUAUUUGGCCACUACUUUACCAGCUUCCAGUGAAGGCUACACAUGGAUUGGGAGUCUGAAGAUGGGUGAUUACAGUUAUGCACAAUUCAGAGACAUUGAUAUCUGGACACGAUACACAACAUCUUUAUAUUUCGCCAUUGUGACCAUGGCUACAGUAGGGUACGGUGAUAUCCAUGCUGUCAACUUGAGGGAGAUGAUAUUUGUCAUGAUCUAUGUAUCGUUCGACAUGAUUCUCGGUGCUUACUUGAUUGGCAACAUGACCGCAUUAAUCGUGAAAGGAUCCAAGACGGAGAAGUACAGGGACAAAAUGACGGACCUCAUCAAGUAUAUGAACAGGAAUCAACUUGGAAGGGACAUCCGUAACCAGAUCACAGGCCAUUUGAGGUUGCAGUAUGAGCGUAGCUACACUGAGGCCUCUGUUCUUCAGGAAAUUCCAAUUUCCAUCCGUGCUAAGAUCUCAGAAACUUUAUACCUUCCCAUCAUUGAAAAAGUUGUCCUCUUUAAUGGGUGCUCCACAGAAUUUAUCAAUCAGAUUGCUGUUAGGCUCCAUGAAGAGUUUUUUCUUCCAGGAGAAAUAAUUUUGGAACAAGGAAGUGUUGUAGAUCAGCUAUACUUCGUUUGCCAGGGCGCCCUGGAGGAAGUUGGGAUGGGAGAAGAUGGAUCAGAAGAAACCGUUUCACUACUACAACCAAACAGCUCGUUUGGAGAAAUCUCAAUCAUUUGCAACAUUCCCCAACCUUACACAGUUCGAGUCUGUGAGCUAUGCAGACUCCUCAGACUAGACAAACAGUCCUUCUCGGACAUACUUGAGAUAUUCUUCUACGAUGGGCGUAAGAUCUUGAACAACCUCCUACAGGCAAAAGAAGCAACUCUGCGGGAUAAUAACCUUGAAUCAGACAUCACAUUCCACAUAGGGAAGCAAGAAGCUGAGCUUGCUUUGAGAGUCAAUAGUGCGGCUUUCCAUGGGGAUCUCUUCCAGCUUAAGGGUUUCAUUCGAGCUGGAGCUGAUCCCAACAGAACUGAUUAUGAUGGCAGAUCACCGUUGCAUCUUGCAGCAUCGAGGGGUUAUGAAGACAUGGCUAGCUUCCUCAUAGGGAAGGGAGUUGAUGUCGACGUAAAAGAUAAAUUUGGGAACACGCCAUUGAUGGAAGCUAUCAAAAGCGGGCAUGAUCGAGUUGCAUCAUUACUUGUCGAGAAAGGUGCCUCUCUGAACAUAGACGAUGCAGGUAGCUUCCUGUGCACGUCAGUUGUGAGAGGAGACUCUGAUUUCCUCAAGAGGUUUUUGGCCUUCGGGGUUGAUCCCAACUCAAAGGACUACGACCACCGAACUCCACUUCAUGUAGCUGCCUCCGAAGGGCUCUACUUGAUGGCCAAAUUGCUGGUAGAGGCUGGAGCCAGUGUUUUCACAAAGGACAGGUGGGGAAACACGCCAUUGGAUGAAGGCCGCAAGUGUGGGAAUAAGAAUUUGAUCAAGCUUUUGGACGGUGCUAAGACUGCACAGAUGGCAGAAAUGGGUGAUAGCCCUCUGGGAACCAGAGCAGAAACACAUCACUCAAGAAAAUGCACGGUGUUCCCAUUCCAUCCAUGGUGUCCUAAGGAGGAGAGGAAGAGAGUUGGUAUACUAUUAUGGGUGCCAAAGUCCAUUGAGGAGCUCAUAAAAGCUGCAGCCGAGCAGCUGGAGUUUCAGGGCGAGGAAGAUUCCACUUCUUCUACUUGUGUUGUGACGGAGGAUGGAGGCAGGAUAUUGGAUGCGAAUAUGAUUGACGAUGGCCAGAAAUUGUAUCUAAUCAAUCAAACACGUUGAAGGACUCUGAGAAUGAGACGAGAAAUUUUUGGUUCGAGUAGAAAUGUAUACUGCUAUAUAGUAUGCCGCUUCCGUUAUGUAUGGUCAAAAUGCUGGCCAUUCUCAAGUCUAUGUUAGAGGGUUAGGUGUGUGAUUUAGCUUAGAUUUUUGUACAUAUGUUGUUGUAAAUAGCUCUCGAAAAUAAUAAAAGAGUGACAGGUGUGUGUUUGUCAAAAAAAAAAAAAAAAAAAAACUUAAACAAGCGAAACCCCUCCUUCCGAAGAUUCAAACGCCAGCCAAAAAAUAUACCCAUCUCCUUCCCUCCAAAGCGAGAAUCGAAAUUUCCCCCAGGCUAGAAAAUUUUCCCCGGAAAAUUCCUGCGUCGCCGUCGACAUUCCACGCCUUCACCGCUGAUUCAAACCCCCCGCCGCAGCUUCUCCGCCAACGAUUGUUCUGUUCUCCAGAUCCACAAAAUGUCAGUUGUCAAGAAUGGUCCAUUAGGUCAGGCGGAGACAACUUGUGGAUCCCUUCUAAACGAGUUGCAGAUAAUCUGGGAUGAAGUUGGUGAGUCUGAUACCGAUCGUGAUAAGAUGCUAUAUGAACUUGAACAAGAAUGUCUCGAAGUAUACAGAAGAAAGGUGGAUCAGGCAAACCGGAAUAGAGCUCAGCUUAGACAGGCAAUUGCUGACUCUGAAGCUGAGCUUGCCGCAAUAUGUUCUGCAAUGGGAGAGCGACCGGUACACAUUAGACAGGCUGAUCAAAGCACUGGAAGCCUGAAGGCAGAACUUGAAACGAUUCUCCCACAACUUGAGGAGAUGCGCAAACGGAAGGUUGACAGAAGAAAUCAGUUUCUUCAAGUUCUUGAAGAGAUCCAGCAGAUUUCAAAUGAAAUAAAUGAAAUAGCUGGUGGCGUUCUGUAAAUGAAAGUGACCUGUCUUUGAGGAAGCUGGAAGAGUUGCAUAGAAAGCUCCAUGACUUCAAACUGAGAAGAAUGAUCGGCUGAAGCAGGUUCAGGAGGCUUUAGAUACCAUAAGCUCAUUUUGUGUGGUGCUUGGUAUGGAGCUCAAGCAAACAAUUGCUGAGAUUCAUCCAGAAUUUGACUGUGCUGACGUGUCAAAGAGAAUAAGUAAUGAAUCCAUCAAAUCUUUAGCUACUGCAAUUCAAAGAUUGCGAGAGUUGAAAUUACAAAGAAUGCAAAAGCUACAAGAUCUUGCAACUGCUAUGUUGGAGCUUUGGAACUUGAUGGAUACCCCUAUUGAAGAGCAGCAAGCAUUCCAGAAUGUUACAUGCAAUAUAGCUGCUGCGGAACAUGAGAUAACUGAACCAAAUACCCUUUCCAUGGACUUCCUCAAUUUUGUUGCAGCAGAAGUCUCCCGGUUGGAAGAGUUGAAAGUUAGUAAGAUGAGGGAGCUGGUUCUGAAAAAGAGGGCAGAGCUGGAUGAAGUCUGUAAGAAGACCCAUAUGGUCCCCGAAGCAAAUGUAGCGAUAGAUUGUGCCAUCGAAGCCAUAGAGUCUGGACAAGUAGACCCUGGAAGUCUCUUGGAGCAGAUUGAAUUUCAAGUUGCUAAUGUGAAGGAAGAAGCUUUUAGCAGGAAGGAAAUUCUUGACAAGGUUGAGAAAUGGAAAGCUGCGUGUGAGGAGGAAUCCUGGCUUGAGGAAUAUAAUAGGGAUGAUAAUAGAUACAAUGCUGGAAGAGGCACUCAUUUGAUUCUCAAGCGUGCUGAGAAAGCUCGUGCUUUAGUCACCAAAAUUCCAGGCAUGUUGGAGGGUUUGGCUUCUAAAACAAUGGCAUGGGAAAAGGAGAGGGGCAUAGAAUUCUUAUAUGAUGGUAUUCGCCUUCUUUCCAUGCUUGAAGAGUAUAGCAUUCUAAAACAAGAGAAAGAGGAAGAAAAGCGUAGGCAGCGGGAUCAAAAGAAGCUGCAGGGACAACUAAUAGCAGAACAAGAGGCUCUCUAUGGAUCAAAACCAAGUCCGUCCAAGAACCUUAGUUUCAAAAAGGGAUCUAGAGUUUCAACCGGAGGUGCAACCAAUAGAAGACUGUCCGUCGGAGGAGCGAUGCCACAAACUCCAAAACUCGACAAGAUCCUCUCUAGCAGAACAUUGUCUUGCCGGUCUGCCAAGAAGAUCAACAACCACAAUGACUCACUAAGUCAGUAUCAGGAUGAUACGUUCUCUACCUUAUCUGCUGGUAGGAGAGGUCUGGAUAUAGCUGGUCUGCCCAUGAAAGCUCAGUCAUUUGGCACCGCAAACGGCCGAGAACCAGAUUCUGCAAUGCUGCUGCGGAAGCCAUUCUCGCCCAUCUCUUCCACAACAUCAUCCAAAGCUAAUUAUGUAGAAGAGCCAGUCAGAGUAGCCCACGGGGAAAGUGCAUUCAAGAAGAAUGACCAGUUGUUCAUGACUCCUCCAAAGACCACUGCCACCACCGCUGCUUACCUUGCUGAGGAAGAAAACAGAACUCCUAGGCUACUGCCAGUGUCUGCCAUGACACCCUCCACAGUGUCAGUACCGAUGCAGACAGCCAUGACUCCAGCAGCUCCAGUUCAUUUUGGUGGUUUCAAGUCAGCGGGUGAAGAGGCGGUUGCUGAAGAAAUUGAGUACUCAUUUGAAGAGAGAAGAGCUGGGUUUGCUCUUCCUCACACUGCACACGUGAAGUCACUGAUUCAAGUUUGAUGUAAGAUAAGUUUUCUCCUUUAUUAGGUCAUUCAUUUUAGGUGGGCUUUUGAGGUAGUGAAGGCUUCUUUUGGCUUUCAUAGCCUUGCUUGGAGUGCAAGUGAAGAUUGUAAUUGGUUUCUGGAUAGUGUAUAUUAGUCCAUGACAACUGUGGACGAGGACCAGACUCUGUGGGCUGUGGAAAUGCGAGUUUACUUCAAUGCUUGUUGAAUCUGUUGUUUCAAGUAGAGAAUUAAGAGAUGCAGUUUCUUGGGUUUA